AUGGAAUCAUAUUACUGUACUUAUCCAAAUUGCCAAAAGGACGCAGAAAUUAAGUGCGAACACAUUGAACAGCCUCCAAUUUAUAUUUGCGAAGGGCAUAUACAAUGGCACUGCAUGACGAGUAAUGUGGGAAGUCACAAAAUUAUUCGCUUAUCCCCUAAAGUAUCAGAAGAAAAAGCUCGAGUUUCCCCUAUAGUAUCAGAAGAAAAAGUUCUAGUUUCCCCUAAAGUAUCAGAAGAAAAAGCUCGCGUUAUUGAGAAAUUUUUCUCAAUCUCUGAAAAAGAACUAAAACUUACUAUAGAUAGUGCACUUAAGACAACUUUAGAAGUCAUCAAUCAAGUAAAAGCUGAUUUAUCAUUAAUUAUCGACCGCAGUUCAGAAAUUAAAACAGUCAACAGAAAUCUUUACAAAAAGCUGGUAGACUAUUCCUUAGGACAGGGUAAUGUAAAUUUAUCUUCAAACUUACAAAGCAUGUUUAAAGUUCCUGAUAUAGAAAACUAUUUAAGUAAAAAUACAAUUUUUCAUUACUACUCCAUAAACACAAUGGCAUCACAAUUUGAAGAAAAAUGAAAAACAAAAUUAAAGGCAGAGCCUAAUUCUCCUGCUAGAUUAAACCCUGAAGAAACUGCAGGUAAAGGCAUAGCAACUAAAUAUGAAAAGCUAAAAGAAGAGUAUUGGCAUCAGAUAAAUAGGCUUCAAUUUAUGGAAUCGACUUAUAUGAAUGAAAUUAAGAAAAAAGAUGAAGCAAUUAAAGAAAAAGAUAAAAUAAUAGAAGAUCUGCAAAUAGCAAAAGGGGACUUAGAAAGAACAAAUGAAGAAAUAUUUGAAGAGAACAGUGAAAUAAACAGAAAAAAGGAUGAAGAAUAUAAAAGUGAGCUGGCUAUUAUCAAGGAUGAGCUAAUAGAACUCGUAAAUAGAAAAAAUAAUCAUGGAGAUUUGAUGGCAAAAAUUGAAAGAAUGUUUAAUAAAGCAUUAAGCCAUCAAGUUAUAGAAAAUAAGAAUUUAAAACAGAAAUUUGAAAAAAAUAAAGAAAAUAAGAAAGACGCAGACUCAGAGAUGCAAGCAAAAAAAGUUCACUCCCUCCCUGAGCGAACAAAAAAAUUGGAAAAAUCAAAUAUUUUAGUAAAAACCCACUCUCCAUGAGCGAGCAAAAAUGUUUUUAUGAAAAAAUAUUUUUGAUAUAUAAGUGAUAUUAUCUAUUGAAAUUUUUUUGGAUAGUUUUUCAUACGCGGGAAAAUGCCCCGCGUACCAAAUCUAUCCAAAAAUUAUGCCAAGGCAUAGUAAUUACUAUAAAGAAAUCUCAAUCUAACUCUGUAUAAUCUUCAACAGAUUGCAUUUUAAAACAUAAAUUUUACAAUUAAAUUAGUAUUUUGCAUUAAAAUAUUUUUGAAUUAAAUAUUUUAAGUUUAAAUAUUUUUAAAAAAUAUUAGUUUUUAUGUCCGCUUAUAUAUGAGGGGAGUCAUGAAAUCAUAAAUGGUAAUAAUAUUCCAAUGAAAAGACCUAAACCUGAUAGAGAGGAACAGAAAUAUAAUCAAAUUCCUAAAAAGAAUGAAAAAUCUCAAUUUAAAACUGAUGAUCGAUCUAUAAUAAAUGAUCUUCCUGAUAUGAUUCCGAAAAAGCAUCAAAAGAAAUAA